UUGGCUUGACAACCCCUCAAGUUCACAUACAGAGCAGAUACCUGCCACAAGAUCUGUGGCACGCUGCUUAUGGUUAGCUGGUCGUCGUGCUUGGACAUUUCGGCUGAAGUGGGAGGUGGCAUUAAAAUACUAGGUAGUGUCAAAGAGUGAAGAGGUCUCCGUGAGACGCCAUGUUGCUGCACAGGCUCUCUCAGUGUUCCGCGCUCACACUGCGCUCCUGGAGCUCACACACCUUCUCCAGAGCCGCCUCGCAGGGCAAGAAUGCCCGCGUGUGGGCGGGCUCGCCGGCCGUGCGUCAGUGGAGUAACGUGCCUUUUCUUACAGUGCCGCUGGCGCGCGCCCACGGUAAGUCCUUCGAGCACCGCGGCGAGCUGCGCCAGGCCAAGAGGAUCGUCGUCAAGCUGGGCAGCGCCGUGGUCACCCGCGGCGACGAGUGCGGACUCGCCCUGGGACGCCUGGCCUCCAUCGUAGAGCAGGUGGCGGUGUUGCAGAGCCAGGGCCGUGAGAUGAUGAUCGUGACGAGUGGCGCGGUGGCGUUCGGGAAGCAGCGUCUGCGGCACGAGAUCCUGCUCUCCCAGAGCGUCCGCCAGGCCCUACACUCGGGACAGAACGCCCUCAAGGACAUGUCUCUUCCUGUGCUGGAGGCCAGGGCCUGCGCUGCUGCAGGACAGAGUGGACUCAUGGCCCUCUAUGAAGCCAUGUUCACACAGUACAGCACCUGCACUGCCCAGAUCCUGGUGACGAACCUAGAUUUCCAUGACGACCAGAAGCGCAGCAACCUGAACAGCACGCUGCACGAGCUGCUGCGCAUGAACAUCGUGCCCAUCAUCAACACCAACGACGCCGUCGUGCCGCCGCCCGAGCCCAACAGCGACCUGCAGGGGGUAAACGUGAUCAGCAUCAAGGACAACGACAGCCUGGCAGCUCGUCUCGCCGUGGAGAUGAGGGCCGACCUGCUCAUCGCUCUGUCUGACGUGGAAGGUCUGUAUGAUAGCCCCCCCGGCACAGACGACGCUAAGCUGCUGGACACCUUCUACCCCGGAGACCAGCAGUCCAUCACCUACGGCACCAAGUCCAGGGUGGGCAUCGGAGGAAUGGAGGCCAAGGUGAAAGCUGCCCUCUGGGCGCUGCAGGGUGGCACGUCAGUCGUCAUUGCCAACGGAACUCACCCAAAGGUCACAGGUCAUGUCAUCACUGACAUCGUAGAGGGGAAGAAGGUCGGCACCUUCUUCUCAGAGGUCAAACCUGCCGGUCCCACGGUGGAGCAGCAGACAGAGAUGGCCCGAACUGCUGGUAGAACUCUAGCAUCCUUGCACCCUGACCAGAGGAGUGAGAUUAUCUGCACGUUUGCUGAUCUUAUGACCGAGAAGAGGGAGGAGAUCUUAACCGCCAACAAGAAAGACAUGGAACUGGCUAUCAAUGCAGGUCGUAUGACCCCCCCUAUGCUGAAGCGUCUGAGUCUGUCGUCGGCGAAGUUGAGCAGCUUGGCCAUCGGGCUGCGGCAGAUCGCCGUGUCGUCCCAGGACAGCGUGGGCCGCGUGCUGCGCCGGACCAGAGUGGCCAACAACCUGCAGCUGGAGCAGAUCACCGUGCCCAUAGGAGUACUACUCGUCAUCUUCGAGUCCCGCCCAGACUGCCUGCCACAGGUGUCAGCGUUGGCCAUAGCCAGUGGUAACGCUCUGCUGCUGAAGGGAGGGAAGGAGGCGUUCCACACCAACCGCAUCCUGCAUGAGAUCGCCCAGGAGGCUCUCGCCCUGCACGGGGUUAAGGAUGCUAUCCAGCUGGUGAGCACGCGUGAGGAUGUGGAGGACCUGUGUCGUCUGGAGAAGAUGAUUGACCUGAUCAUCCCGCGCGGCUCCUCCCAGCUGGUGCGGGACAUCCAGCGCGCGGCGAAGGGCAUCCCCGUGCUCGGGCACAGCGAGGGCAUCUGCCACGUCUACAUCGACGCCGACGCCAGCAUCGACAAGGUCAUCAAGAUCGUGCGGGACUCCAAGUGUGACUACCCGGCGGCCUGCAACGCCAUGGAGACGCUGCUGGUGCACAGAGACGUCCUGCGCACGCCGCUCUUCGACCAGAUCAUCGACAUGCUGCGCACCGAGCGGGUGAAGAUCCACGCGGGCCCCAGGUUUGCGUCGUACCUGACGUUCAGCCCGUCGGAGGUGAAGUCUCUGCGUACGGAGUACGGCGAUCUGGAGUGCUGCAUCGAGGUGGUGGACUCUCUGCAGGAGGCCAUCGACCACAUCCACAAGUACGGCAGCUCACACACCGACGUCAUCGUCACCGACAACGAGGAGACAGCAGAGCAGUUCCUACAGCAGCUGGAUAGUGCGUGUGUGUUCUGGAACGCCAGCUCACGUUUCGCUGACGGCUACCGCUUCGGCCUCGGUGCGGAGGUGGGCAUCAGCACGGCCCGUAUCCAUGCCCGCGGGCCGGUGGGUCUGGAGGGGCUGCUGACCACCAAGUGGGUUCUGCGGGGGGACGGGCACACGGCCGCCGACUUCUCCGAGCAGGGCAGCAUGAAGUUCCUCCACGAGAACCUGCCCGUGGCCCAGGCCCUGCCCGGCCAGAGGACCAGCAACUAGAACCUAGAACCUAGAACCUAGAACCCAGAACCCAGAACCCAGAGCCCGCCCGCGCACAACCCGGGAGACUCGCAACGCAGAACCCAACGGAACCCAAUGAAAACCCAAACGUUCAGAAAGCUACGCAGAACCUCAACGGAACCAAUGCAGAACCUAAACACUCAGAACGCUAUGCCAACCAUAAUACAAUGCCAACCAUAAUAUUGAAGUGCUCAGAAUGAUUUUUUUUUAGUAGCAAGGGACACACCAAGCAUUACGUGAAAGGACUAAGAACUGGACACAACUGCCACAUGGACAGAACAUUUCAACUGCCAGACGGCGUAAUGGGCAGACGGUUAACGGCACUAAGCAGAGUAGAGUGCAGCAGCGCUGUGUGCUGAUGUUAGCACACAGCACAGCGAGUCUCUCCUCAGAUCAACGCCAGCAGUCCUGCUUCUGUCUCCAAGUACAACAUGGCCAGACUGGUGCAUUGUGGGUAACCUCCGGGGCUGACGAUUUGAGCACAGAUGAUCUCUCACACACACUCACACACACACACACACACACACACCCAGGUGUGUCCCUAACCCAGUAACAGUGGAUAUCUGCUGAUAUCAGUCUACAUAUCACCUGCUCAGCGAGACUCGGUUACAUCAGUUACCCACAAUCCACUGCUCUCAGUGUAUGGUUUUUGUUGCUCUCAGCAUAUCUCCCCUCAGUCCCCCCCCUUUUUUUAUCUCUCAUUCUCUCUCUGCACAUCCAUUCUCUCUCUCUCUCCCUCUACCUUUCUCUCUCUCUCAUCUCUCCCUCUCUCUCAUCCCCCUCUCAUCUCUCUCUCUCUCUAGUGUCUACCUCUGCAGAGCUUGGUCUCUGUGUUCUGUUGUGAUGGAUGUAGAAUGAUCAUCCAAAUAUGGCUCAACAGCCAACGACUGAAAGACCACACACACACACACACACACCCACACACACACACACACACACACACACACACACACACACACACAAAGAUGGACAAUUUAUGAAACCUUGGACCACACACACACACACACAGACAGUAUGAAACCAUGGACCACACACCUAGGUGUCUCUCUCACACACACACACCACACACAGGAGGAGAGGUGGGCAUUCUCAGCGUUUUGAUGAUGGUCCUCUGCUAACGGACUAUUGGCCGUCUGGCUGGACCGAUACACAAUCCCACGCCAGGCCCGGUCAGACGGGCCAGAUGGAUCUUUCUAUUUCUCGUCAGUUUAAGAGGAUUUUUUAAAUAAUUUCUCUUCAGCUGUUUUUUUUUCCUGACUGCUGUCUUUUCUGACACUGAUGUUAGUGUUUCCUGUGGGCGUGGCUUGAUGCUCUGUGACACGAGGGGAGCUAGUGGACCGCCACACCACUCUCCGACAGGCUGGGGUCUGGUGCAGUGUGUGGG